GACGCGGGUCCGCGGCUCGGGGCGGCACCGGCGCGGUCCGGCGGGCAGGGGGAGGAAGGCUGGCGCCCUGCGGCGGGCGCUCGGCGGGCAGGAGGCGGCUGCGCCGGUGGCUCCCCGCGUUCCUGGCGCUCGGCUGCUGGGCGCCCCACGCCAUGUUCUCGGUGCUCUCCUACGGCAGGCUGGUGGCGCGGGCGGUCCUGGGCGGCCUCUCGCAGACCGACUCCCGCGACUACAGCCUGGUCACGGCCAGCUGCGGCUUCGGCAAAGAUUUCCGCAAGGGCAUCCUCAAGAAAGGCAUGUGCUACGGGGAUGACGCCUGCUUCGUGGCCAGGCACCGCACCGCCGAUGUGCUGGGGGUGGCAGAUGGUGUCGGUGGCUGGAGAGACUACGGGGUUGACCCCUCUCAGUUCUCAGGGACUCUCAUGCGAACGUGUGAACGUUUAGUGAAGGAAGGACGGUUUGUUCCCAGCAAUCCUGUCGGGAUUCUCACGGCAGGCUACUGUGAGCUGCUGCAGAACAAAGUACCUCUGCUUGGGAGCAGCACGGCCUGCAUCGUGGUUCUGGACAGGACGAGUCACCGCUUACACACGGCCAACCUGGGCGACUCCGGCUUCCUGGUGGUCAGGGGAGGAGAGGUCGUCCAUCGCUCUGACGAGCAGCAGCAUUACUUCAACACUCCCUUCCAGCUCUCAAUAGCUCCUCCAGAAGCAGAAGGAGUUGUCUUAAGUGACAGCCCCGAGGCUGCCGACAGCACGUCCUUCGACGUGCAGCUGGGGGACAUCAUCCUGACGGCCACCGACGGGCUGUUCGACAACAUGCCCGACUACAUGAUCCUGCAGGAGCUGAAGAAGCUCAAGAACUCCAACUACGAGAGCAUCCAGCAGACGGCGCGGAGCAUCGCGGAGCAGGCGCACGAGCUGGCCUACGACCCCACCUACAUGUCCCCCUUCGCGCAGUUCGCCUGCGACAACGGCCUCAACGUCAGAGGGGGCAAACCAGACGACAUCACCGUCCUUCUGUCCAUCGUGGCCGAGUACACAGACUGAGGGCCCUGUGCCGCUCCCGCACGGAUUCCUGCUGGAACAGGAUUGAUCCCUCCUCCCCCUGCCCUGGGCAGCCGGCCCUGACACAGCGGAGUCCUUGCUGACAACCACUCGUACAACGCUGGGCUUGCUCUGCCAGCGAGAGGUGAAGAAGCUCAAGGCCUGGAGCGUCCGUCAGAGCUUCUCAUUGUCCGUGCCGGGGGCAGGAUCCGUCCCACGGCGUCCCCGCUCCGGAGAUGGGACUUUCCGAGGAGUACAACUGGUUGAUCGUCUUUCAGAGUAGCUCAGUAGGUAACCCCUCUGCACGAGGGCAUCGCGCUCUUUGCUCGGAACGUUCGCUGUUGUCGAGGGUGUGUUCCAGCCCCAGUUCCAUAAAGCAUUGUCUUGUUCCAGUGGUAGCCGAGGUUUCGUGUUCCUGAGCUCCGGUUUUCAGGAGAUUUCUAAACUGCUGUAAACAUUCUGCUCUUGCCAUCCGUGGUGUCAGCCUUAGGAGCCUUUUCUAGUACGAGAUUUCAAACAAAACCUAGUUCAAGUUAUAUGGAUGCAAAUGUGUUUUGUGAUUUCAGGUGCUUAACUGUGAUCUUAAAAAAAAAAAAAAAAAAAAAAAAAAGUUCUGCAGAUCAUUCGUCCAUGAUGGGCCUGGUUCUGGAUGUUUUGGCUGUGGAUGAUUAUUAUUAUUUUUAUUAAACAAGACUCCUAGCUCAGUCUCAAACAGCCGAGCUGGCCACAGCUGAGGUCUUGGAGCAUUUGGCCCCAUCUCCUGGUGGGAAAUGCUCUGGUGGGAGGUUGCACAAAGAACGGCUCGUCCUCAACUCCCAACGUCCUCGCUUGGGGUAGAUAAUCCUGUCGUUGAUGAAGCCUGAUUUGUGUUAAUAAUUGCCAUUGCUUGUAGAACAGAAUCUGCUGCACCACUUUUAAAGUCCAGCUGAUCCUUUCUGACUCAACAGGCACCUCUUUGCUUCUGCUGCGGCAGCGAGUACGAAAACGAACCUUAACGAAUAAUCAGCAAAACUUCACAUUUCAGUAACUAAAGUGUAGGGGUUUCACUGAACCUUAAUGAUGUUUACAGUUAUCUUAACAGCCACUUUGCAAUAUGACAUUUCCUUUUCAAUGACAGUAGCUCACGUUUCCCCCCCUCCCCUCACUUCCAGCCAGCUUUUCCUUUUCCUUUCCCGAGGCUCAUACGAAAGCUGAGAGCUGUAAAGAUAUAUAUAUUUUUGGUCAGUUUUUUCAUUAACUUUUUUGCUGGUAGAAAAGUACGUAGAAAUAAAUUAAAGCCAUGUUUUUAUAUAUUGAAAAAAAAAAAAAAAAAAAAGUCGGGUAAUGUUGCUGUUUAGGUGAGUGCAGUUAAACUUGGUCAGUAAGGAAUCUUUCCUGCUCUCGAGAGGAGAUUUUUACUACCUGGUUUAUUGUAUUAAAACUGUUUAAGUUUGAGGUUACCUCAACUUGUUUAAAGAAUUUUUGUGGACUUGUACUGUAUAUUUGCGUAACUAUGUCAAGCUUUUAUUUAAGGUCAUUUAACAUGUACCAUGUACAUGUCAUUUUACUAUAUUUCAAUGCAUCAUGCUUGUAACAGGCAUUUCAUUUAUAAUAAGUGAUUAAUUUGGGAGCUCUUCAGUAAUUUAUCUGCUAUUCCUCAAUUGGCGUAAUGUUAGGGAUCUACUUUGAAUCACCUUGUAAUUACUUGUCAAAAUGCCUUAACUACCCUAACUUGACCAAAAUGGGAUUUUGGUGAGGGUAUGGGGAGGAUUCUGUUAAUGAAGAGAAAUUAAUUCGUUUUGUGACACAUGAGCAGUGAGCGGUGGAGAACUUUGCACAACCUGUCAGUCCUUGUUUUGAGCCGGCCCAGCUGUGCCUGGCUGGCAGUUCCAGGAAUGUAUUCACUGAGCACAGGGCUUUGUUCCUCUCCUGGGGGGGCCUUGCCCUCCCCAAUCCGGGUGUCUUCACAUUUUAUCUGCCAGUAUUUCCCCUCAGCUUCUGGCUUAGAGCAGAUUUGAUCAAUUCUUGUGUCCCCCGACCUUCCCUUCGGGAGCCCUGGGCUGCUGCUCUGACCUCUCUCAGCACAGUCCCCAGCCCUGGGGUUUUAUCCCCCCCUCAGCUUUCCAGAACUUUCCCUGGGGCUGUGUGCGGGUCAGAGGGAUGCACCAGGGUCUGGAAUUGCCUGUGAGGCCAAGCUGUGCUCCCUGUCUGUACCCGCAGAGCCCUUUGCCUCAUAUCACACCAUCAGUCGUUGUUUUUUUGUUUCGUUUUUUUUCUUUUUUUUUUAAAUAAAGAACAAAUUUGGAUUUUGAUUUACAAAUCAUGAGUUUUUUCCCUCACCGGGCACACCAAAGACCAGUAAAGCUUUUAGCUUUUCCAUCUGUUUAUAAAGCAAUACUGUAUUAUAAAGAAUUGAUAUUUUUAUCACA